GUAUAAAACCAACAUACUUACAGUCGCACCCAGGAGGAUGCAGUAGAGUCUACAGGUUCGACUUCCCUCUACCCUCGAGGCCUAACAUCUGCCAUUAAUUGGAUCUGCUCCCUUUUAUACUUUCCCAAGCCUUUAUCCUCCCUCAGUCCUUUAUCUGCGGAGCUAUCAUUAUCCAAAAUGUUGCUGAAGUCAUCUCUCGUCCUGGCCCUCCUCCCAUCGCUCAUCACGGCCUGGAGCGUCCGCAACGUUAUCGCUGAGGGUGGCGAACCUGUCUUAGACAAGCGAAACAGUACGUCGGCCACGUCGGGAUGCGACGAGGGCCUAUGCCCGGACAACAGCGCCGCUGUCGACUUUCUGGCGGGGUUGGGGGGCUGGCGGCUGCGGGUGAACGACUGUGGGGAAUGCCUCUCCUUUCCGACGGAGGAUGCAAAUGGUGCAUGUGUGGACUUUGCCUCGUGCGGCGGCAGGCCGCAGACCGUUUGCGUCGAUCGAGGGGAUGGGAUCCAUGGGAGGAUGCAUAGGAUUUGGAAGGAUGCGAAUGUUAAGAAAUGUUACCGUGUGGAGAAGCGCUCGAAAGAGUUGACUUGCGGGACGGGGGUUGAUGGGUUUUGGACUGACGUGUUUUUUUAUUCGCAGAUGGAGGAGACGGGUUGCAACUGGUAGGCGGAGAGUGGUUGGAACUUAGUCCAUUAUUUAGAAUGACGGGAUUCCUUUAUAUUUCCGUGCUUUACUUUAUUGCCCUUCGGACUAUCUUCUCGUAUUCAAUGGGGUUG